GUCCCGUUCAAUGCAAGCCUAUGGUACUCCUUCACGCUGCUGACUGCAGAGAGCUGGUCCAUCGCGUUGCAGUAUGAAACUUUCGAUAGCCAUUUGUUUACGUCACUCUACACUGGAUCUGCGACAAUUUUGAGAUUGACCGAGGCUAUUUUGAGCACUCCUCAUCCCAUCCCUUCGGCCUCCCCCUGGAAGCCUCUUUAUAUCUCAGCCUCCGAUAUUGAUCCUUUCAUCCCGAUACUCACUUCACGCGUCCAGACCAGAGCCUCAGACGAAAGCUCAACGCAUGCCUGCAUGACUCAAUCUCACCCGAGGACACUCAACUUCGCCUUUAUCGGCAUCCAAACCUGAUCAUCGCUGUGGUCAGAAAUAAUGUUUCAUCCCGCAGCAAGCGUCCUCCCAUCUGCCAUCGCCUCGUCUUCGUCCUCUUCUUCCUCCACCUCCGCCUCUACCUCCUCUCGACCUCAUUCUCCACCGUUCCACUCGACAAGGUUGUCCAUGUCGGGUGCAUCCAGACCGCACGAUGUGGAAAAAAUGUCCUCUGGACCGAAGACCACGUCAUGGCAUUCACCUUCAAGCUCCUUGAACAAUUUAGGUGCCGGGAUAGCUGCAAAGGGUUUGAGACGGAGACGAUUGACAACCCAGGCAUUGGGAGCUGUGUUUCUGAUUAUCACCUUGACAUUAUGGUACAAGGGAGUGAAAGUUCCUGCGAGACCGAGUCUGAACUUUUUCCCCGCUGCCGCGCCGAGUAGUUACGAAGGCAGCACACCGUCCUCAUCUUCUCAGUCAUCCGAGACCGCAGCAGAUGGCGUCGCCGAAUCACAUAAAUCCUCCAAUCGACCCGAUACCACCCCACUCACUCCUCUUCAAUCUUGGGGGAAAGACCUCAGGUCAGAUCGUCUCCUCGCAGGAUUGGACCCCUGGCCAGCUGAACCAGUCGAUGAUCCAGAUACGCCUGCGCUGUCGACACUUGGGAAAUUCGCAGAUAAUGUUUACGAUGCUGGACACCAGGACCUAGCCAAUUACACUUUUCAGCUAAGGCAAUUCGCCGAGAUCGCAACGUCUGGUUCGGUGUCCACCGAUUUAUUGCAGGGUAUCGCUCGGACUCUUGAGGGUGACACGGCGUCAGACUUUGCUCAUACCACUUGGGAUUCGCGCAAGAAGCUGUGGCAGACGGCUAAAGAUCAAAAGCUUGAUUCUUCCCGAGAUGUCAAGACGUGGAGAGAGGGCAAAGCCACUACGGAGGGUUGGGACUGGCAAUUAUUGACCGACGAAGGGGCGAACUCAUACGUCGAGAGCAAGCUCGGAGGAAGCAGGGUAGAGAUGCUCUGGAAUGAUUUGCCAACGGGCAUUCUCCGCUCAGACCUGUUGCGUUAUCUCUUGCUACUUUUUGAGGGCGGCAUCUAUUCCGACACGGACACGUCACUUCUCAAAGAGCCGUCCAGAUGGGGAUCAGGAGCCACAGUCUGGAAAUACGGUGAAGGCUGGCUGGAUGAGAAGACCAAGCGGCGGUUGGCAGGUGGGGAAGACGUCAAUGAUGUGUUGGGCCCACCGAGUGUCGUGGUUGGGAUCGAGGCGGAUGUAGGCACGCGAGCGGACUGGGCAAAAUGGUGGCCUCGGCCGAUCCAGAUCGUCCAAUGGACAAUGGCAUCCGCUCCUUUCCACCCCAUCUCUCUCUCAGCGGUUCUUCGAGUAAUGCACAAGACGGCGAAGGCUAUCGAUUGGGCACAUGAGCAUGAAAAGAUCAUCAAGAUUUUGAACGACCAAGGAAGGUAUAAAGAUGCGAAAGAGCUUCGUGAGGUGACGGUGAUGAAUGAGCCGAAGAGCGGCGGACCGUUGGGCGUCAUGAGCUGGACAGGGCCGGGUAUAUGGACAGAUGCAGUCAUGUCGUAUCUCAAAGUCAAGUAUGGCGUCGUAUGGACUGAUCUGCGGAGUAUCACUGUGCCUCUACGUAUAGGCGAUGUGGUCGUAUUACCUGUCACUGGGUUCUCGCCUGGAGUAGGUAAUUUUGGAGCCAAAUGGGCAUGGGACGAACAAGCGAUGGUAGAACACAAAUUCAAGGGAUCAUGGAAGACGAGCGAACAUCCGAAAUGAGCACGCACAUCAGAAGCAUAUCUCGCAGCAUUGUAUCUUCAAACACCAGCUAUGCAUUGGGGCUAUUCGAC